AUGGAAGAAUGGGAUGCGCCGGAACCGGAAUCGGAAGCCACGCUGAGCUACACGACGGUGGCCGCGAUAUGCGGUGUCGCCGUCGUGCUGCUACUCCUAGUGAUUAGGUGGAAAUGGAAGGGGUCUAAAGUUCAAGAGGAGGUGGAGCCGGAAUGCCCUCCCUGCGAGCACAAACAACAGCACGAACUAGAGUUGGAGCAGCAGCAGCAAUCGCAGAUCAUCCACCGCCUGUGCCCGCACCACAACGUGGUGCAGAGCUACGAGGUCGAGCAGAAAGACAGCCUCGACGAACACCUCGAUGUACUUACUAAGAAACUUGCUGAGAAAGAAGGCCGCUUGCGCCUGUCAAAGUCCAAGAUUCGCGAAACGCAGCACGAGAUUGACAACCUGCACGCGAUCGACAACGACGUGAGGGUCCGGUACCGGGAGAUCAUGGACUCGCUGCGGACGGACCUGAUGAGCAACGAGAAAGAGUGCAAGAAACUGCAGGACCAGAUCGAAUGGGUGUCGCAUCGCCGCGCCGAGUUGCGGGAAGAGGUACGACGCGGCCAGCGCCUUUACGGCGAAGCAGCCGCAGAAUUAGCAAGUAACUUGGCGGAGCUGCAGCGGGGCCGAGGCACGCUCGUGACGGACAAGCCUCCAGCCCAGUACUCCUCCACCUCCCUGCGCCACCGCAAGGAGCCCCUACUACCACGAGCCACCCCCGUCGGCUCCAUCGUCAUAAAAUCACCCCCAGACUCUGCUGAGAGGAUUCAUUCCCACUUAGAACACCUAUGA